AUGAACAAAAAGGAAGAUGUUACUCAGCAGAUCCCUUCUUCUGGAAAUUCAGAAAUUGGAGAGAGUGCAGAUUAUUCCUUUGUGGAAAAGAACACAUCUGAAAGUGACAAUGAUGAAGUUGAUGGCAACAAUAUAUGUGGUUUCAGAAAGAAAAAGGGAAUCAAAGGUCCUAUUCCUCCUUUAGAAAAUGAGAAGAUGGAGCUGUCCCACACCUCUAAAAUCCCAGAUCCUUGUCCCCUUAAAGGAACCACUGGUUGCUCAGAACCACCAUCAGAGCAGUCUCUUCAAAGCCCCACUGCCUUUCCUCAAGUGGACAGAGGAGGUGACGACAAUUCCAAUUCUGGCAGAGAUGGUAAAGAAGUCAGGUGUGGAGAAACACGAGAAACACUGGAAUAUGCUGAUACUGGGAGAAGAAUAGUAGGAAAAAUGUAUGAGGAAACAGAUACAGCAACUCAGAUGAAGUUGCCCCCAGGUGCGCAGUCUGUGAGGGAUGCACAGAAAGAUGUCUGCAUGGAGGCAGUGCAAAGGGAGAAGGACUGUGAGCAGGCAAGUGGUAAAAGGGGUAAGCCAGAAGAAAAAGUUGUCAAGUUUCAUGUGACAAAGAUGGACUCCCUAGGAAGUGCUGCAUCCAUGCCAGGGAGCUGUACUGCCGAGUCCUUCAAGGGGGCACCUGGCAUUUCUAAACGAAGUCUACAAGAGUUGAAAAACCUGCUGAGUGAAGGUCAUCUGCCUUCUCAUGGGCCCAAUUUCUGUGGCACUUUUGCUCAGAAAAAUCUGAAACCUCGGGACAAAGCAGCUGAGAAGCAGGGCAGACCUUUUGAGACUUUUAGUCCCCAUUUUGGAGAGGAAAAGCAAAAGUAUCUCAGCUUCCACAAGGAGGGAAUGGGGCAGCAGAGCAAAACCGUCCUGGUCCUCAGCUCUGCUGGCUCUGAUCAGCAGCAACCAGUGGGAAGCAAUGUGGAUCACCUUAUUCUGGGGCUGCCAGCAGCUCCUACACCUGCAGAAAGUACAGCUCCUGAGGUUCAGUUUGACUCCUCCACAGGUCUCGACGCAUUCAACAGAGAUCCUGAUGUAAACGGCCUGGAGAACCCAACUCUCCUUUACCUGCUCUCUCAUAUUGAAUUUAUUAAGCAGCAGAUGGCCAGGGACAACGUGCAGUUUGUCAGAUUUGAAUCAAUAGACCUCCAUGGUGUGUCGAGAUCAAAGAAUGUUCCUUCUCGAUUUUUUCAAGAGAAAGCACUACAUGGUAUUGCCAUGCCAAGAAGUUACCUUGAACUGACGCUGAAUCCUAAAGAUAAUGAAUUAGACUACAUAAAUGCAACCAAUUUCAAUUGUGACAUAAUUCUGAAUCCUGAUUUAUCAACGUUUCGAAUACUACCCUGGACUGAGCAGACCGCAAGAGUGAUAUGUGAUUCCUUCACUGUGCUGGGCACCCCACUAAUGACCUCCCCAAGGCACAUUGCCAAGAAACAGCUGAGCCAGCUUCAGGACAACGGCUUUUCUUUGCACUCUGCAUUCACUUAUGAAUUUUGUAUUUAUGGCAUUACUGAAGUUGUAAAUUCAAAGACAAUAUCCUUUCCUGCAGCCACGAUACUAAAUAACCAUGACCAGACUUUCAUUCAGGAGCUUAUUGAAGGCAUGUAUUAUGCUGGUGCCAACAUUGAAAGCUUUUCUUCUUCCAGUGGGCCUGGGCAAAUGGAGAUCACUUUUCAUCCAGCAUUUGGCCUAGAUGCUGCUGACAGUGCCUUCACAUUUAGAACAGGCCUUAAAGAGGUGGCUAAGAAGUAUAACUAUGUGGCUAGCUUUUUCUCAGAAUCAGGAUUCUACAAUUUGGGGGCUCUAUCACAUAGUCUGUGGGAUCUGAAUGGCCAGAAGAAUUUGUUUUCUGCUGGUUAUGGAGUUGAGGAGCUCUCAGAGCUUGGAAAAAAUUGGCUGUCAGGUCUCUUGGCUCACACAGCAGCUAUCAGCUGCCUGAUGGCUCCUACCACCAGUUGCCGCAAGCCUUAUUCUAAAUACAGUAAAGAAUCAAAAGAGACUGUAAAUGCAAAUUGGGCAUAUAAUGAUAACAGCUGUGCCUUUAAUGUCAAAUGCCAUGGUGGAAAAGGCACUUAUAUAGAGAAUAAAUUGAGUUCUGCUGCAGCAAACCCAUACCUGGUCCUUGCUGCUACUAUUGCUGCAGGUCUAGACGGAAUAAAGAGAGGACUCAGCUAUGAUGAUAUGCUUGAAGAAGAAAAUCACACUGGUGAUCUGAAACAUUCAUCAAUCCCUCUGAAACUAGAAGAUGCUCUGGUUGCCCUUGAGAAAGAUGCGUGCAUUAAGGAAGCAUUAGGCGAAACUUUUAUCCGAUACUUUGUUGCCAUGAAACAUUAUGAGUUAGAAACUGAAGAAAUGGAUAGUGAAAGGAAUAAAUGCCUGGGAUAUUUUAUUUAGAAGAACCACUCUUCCAUAGUGGUGCUGUGUAAAUGCAUACAGUGAAUGGCUAAGAUUCUUGAAAUUAGUACAUGUAUUUACAAAUGUUUAAAUGCUUUGA